AUGUCGAUCCGAAUCAUCGCUACAGGCGGACACUCUGGCUUGGGCUUGGAAGCUCUCAAGGCUCUCCUUGCUUCACCUGCUCUGGCUUCAGGAUGCAGUCUCACCCUGAUGGUUCGUGAUGAGCAGGCUGACCAUGUCACUCGUGCCUGCCAGACACUGAGGCAACAGUAUAGAGCAAAGAGUCGAUCUCAAUUCGCAGUCGAGACUCGAGCUAUGGAUCUUUCUUCGUUAGCAUCGGUCCGCAAAGCUGCAUCUUCGCUCAAGCAUCAGCUCGAGGCAGCCUCAACAGCUCAAGGUCUCGACAUCUUCCUCCUCAACGCAGCGGUCGCCAAAUCCAACCGAGAGACGGUCAUCGACCAAGAUCGAGCUUCGGGCUCCCUCACCUAUCCCUCGGACCAUCUCCUCUCGGAGAAGAGCUGCAUGGAAACAACAGCAUGUGUCAACCAUGUUGGACACCUUCUCUUCCUCUCUUGCCUCCUCCCGGCAAUCACUCAAAACGCCAAGGAGGGUCGUAAAACUCGCAUAGUAUUCACAGGCAGCGCACUCCAUCGCUCGCUCAAAGACCUCUCACUCCUGGACACCUUCUUCUCCUCAUCCUCUCACUCCAGCUCGAGCGAAAAGCGAUGGACACUGCGAGAAACAUACGCAGCCUCGAAAUUCCUCCAGAUGCUUGGCCUUCGUGCUCUCCGUCGUCGCAUCCAAGAAGCGCUCACAAAAGCAGGUCUACCUUCAGCCAGCGUAGAGGUCCUCGUGGUACAACCAGGCUUUGUUCCACAGACGGCACUCUGUAGGGAAUCUGGGGCGUUGCAACGCUUUGCAAUGUCCUACCUGCUGCCGUGGGCGCCAUUUGCGACCAGUUUGGACGACGCUGGCAGGUAUAUUGCCAAUGCUUGCACCGUUGAGCUUCCUGUGCAUCAGUGGGAAGAGCAACAGGAUGGCUUUCAUGAUAGCAAGAGUCUCGUGCCAUCAGCAUUGCUUGAGGUGCACCAGAAGAAGCAGCGUUUUGCAACGUUGGAUGCCAGAACAGCGGAUAAGCAGUUGCAGGAGAAAUGGUGGCCUGUUGUAUGCGAUCAUCUAUAG